CUAUAGUGUGUGAGAAACUCAAGUAGCACUAAAAAAAACUUGAAAAUAUUUUGUCUGGUUGUGUGUGCAUAAAAAUUAAAACCAACUAGUACUACGUCAUAAAAAUAAAACAAAAAACAUUUCUAACAUAUACUAAAUAUGGGCCGCGUUUUCCUCGAGCAUAUUGGCGGCUCAAAACUGUUCAAUUGUGCAAGUUGCCAAACUAAUCUUACCAAUCGCAGUCAAUUGAUUAGCACGCGGUUUACUGGUGCAACGGGUCGUGCUUAUCUUUUCAAACGAGUAGUUAACCUGACCUUUAGCAGUGUGCAAGAGAGGGUUAUGCUUACAGGUAGGCAUAUGGUAAGAGAUGUAAUGUGCAAAAGUUGUGAUGCCAAAUUGGGUUGGAUGUAUGAAUACGCCACCGAAGAUGCACAAAAAUACAAGGAAGGGCGUGUGAUUCUAGAGUACGCACUAAUUAACGAGACAGAGGGUUUUCAGGGUGAAAGCGGUACAGUUCAUUAAACUAAAUUAAUUUGUGUAGAAUUUUCAUUAAUUUAUCACAACAUGUUAAAUCCGAGAACACUGAAAACUCGACAGACCCUAAUAGAAUUAUUUGCAUUCUUAGUUAUUAGUCUUCUUCGUUAGUAUUCAACAAUUACCAAAAGUUGCAUUUGCAUUAAGUUAGUAAUUUAAUUGUCACUUGGCUACACUACGUUAAAAAUCGCAAUAUCUAUUUUUUAUUCUAAGGACGUAAAUGCGUAUCAAAAAUUGCUUAUGGAAUGUUUUACCGAUGGUAAAAUCGAGUAACUUUUCGUCUGCGUCCUUGCAUCAUCAUAAUAUAUAAGAAAUAUUUAACCAUUCAUCUACAUACAUAUGUAUCUACUACGCAUUUUAAGUUUUUGAAUAGUAAUUUAAAUCAUUUAUCAAUUAUACGAAAAUAUAUCAAAAUAAAAAU